AUGGAUAUCGAGAAGCUGAUCGGCAACCCCCCAUUCAAGCUGGACGACGGAGAUGUCCGGGCCCUGCGAGGUCAGUUCGAUGAUGUCCAGCCUCACACGUGGGAUGAACUCCAAAACGUAAUUGCUGCCGGAGAUAUGGGCCAUCUCCGAAGAGCACCUCAGGAGCAGCGAAGAUACAUAUUGUGGCUUGCUGAGAUAGCCAAUAAUCAUGGCUCCAGCUUGAGCUUUGUGUGCAGCGAGAGACUGCAUUGGCCACAGCCCAUUGUCGCCCGGAGCGCCCUGCUUUUUGCACAUGCAGAGGAUUGGAAGAUCAUUUGGAAUGACUGGCCAUACCACAUGGCGGAUGGAAUCAUGCACUUGGUCCUGUGGACGAAAAGCAAGAUACCGUUAGAUGCAGAAACUGGAUUGCCCACGGCGGAUGCGGCCGGGCUGAUUCAUAAUUUGAUUGACUACGCGUUGGGGAAGCCUCUAGGUUGUUACAUGAACGAGAACAUUCUCUGGUUCAAGCAGAAGGCAGCCUGGCAAAGCGUCAAGGCUCUGGAUCACAUUCACAUCAUGAUGCGCAAUGUUCAGCAAAACCAGGUGGAGAAGGUAAUCGGGCAACGCCGCUCCCAAGCGCUGCAGACACCCACGGGCAUUGGUGAUGAGCGCCAAAUUGCAUCAAAAUUGAGUUGA